GUUUUCCCGCUGCGGUCACGUGACCCGACAGCAUCGCUCCUCUCUGGCUACAAACAGCUGAGAGCGAGACAGUGUGCAGGAGGGCUCUUCAGAGACAUGGGAGUAGAGAUCGAGACCAUAACCCCCGGAGAUGGGAGGACUUUCCCCAAAAAAGGACAGACAUGUGUGGUGCAUUACGUUGAUGGACGGAAGUUCGACUCUUCCCGUGACCGUGAGAAGCCAUUUAAGUUCAAGAUUGGUAAACAGGAAGUGAUCCGUGGCUGGGAGGAAGGUAUUGCACAGAUGAGUGUGGGCCAACGUGCAAAGCUGACCUGUUCACCUGAUUAUGCCUACGGUAAUAAAGGCCAUCCUGGCAUUAUUCCCCCAAAUGCGACGCUCAUCUUCGAUGUGGAGCUUCUCAGUCUGGAAUGAUUUAAUGCGCUUCACUGCCUUUUGUUAAUUUUUCAUGACUUUAUUAAUGUUUCAUGUGUCAACAUUUUUUGUCUUAACAUUAGAAUCCUGAUUAAAUCAAUUGUCUCUUUCUGUCCGGCCAUAUUAAUAUAAAAAUUGUUAGUCAUUCUUCUCAGAAUCAUCUUUAUUCAGCAUCCCACCCUACAGUUUUUGGCAAAUUAUGUAAAGAUCAGUGCUUUACUUUACCAGAGUUCUCCAAUAUUUCAUCUUUUGCUUUGGUCACAUUUCAUCAGAAUUUUUUUUUUAUAUUAUUUUUCUAUCAUUUUACCAAAUUGAUACGACCUUUUAGACUAACCCUUUAGACUUCUCUAGCUGUGACUUUUUCUUACACUGUGAUUGUUGUUGGCUGGAGAUCAAGUACAAUUUUGUUAAAGAAUCGGCGACCUUAUCCCUGAUUAGUACUCCAGAAAAAGAGAACAUAUAUUUAUCUUUAAAGAUGUUAUGUUUGGAAUAUAAAAAUGUGCAUAUUUAUUGCAUUGUUACAUUUUAGAUUGAAUAAAUUAAUACAUUACAUUUAAUACCUUUUAACAUUAACCAUUAUAUAAAGUUGGUAAUUUCCAAUUAGAAUUGUUGAGUUUGAACAAGUCUGCUGAUUUUAAUUAGUAGAAAGAAGCAAAUUUUUGAUUCAGUUCUUGUCCUGCCAGAAUAGCACUAGUUGUGUAUAUUUACAAAGUGACCAUAUCAACUGAAAAAGUGCUAUCAUAAUACCUGAAACCAAACUUUGUGGUUGACAUGGCUGCUUAAUAUAAAAUGAUGAAGUAUGAAGUGAUAUCACUGCUAUUUCUGUCAUGUUGAUGUGCAAAUGUUUUUAUAUAUAUUUUUUGUAUAUCGUUUGUUCUGUUUUAUUAACAUGCAACUAUUUUGAAUUUUUUUAAAUGUGUUUAUUUUGUUCUGUUUCUGAUUAAGUUGUGUAGUUGAGUAGGAUUUUGCACCGCAGCACUGGAUGCAUGCAACUAUCAUUAAUACUGAUAUUUGUGUUGAGUUUAAGAAAUUUUAAGCAUGUUAACUGCCUCAAAAUCACCAGAAAAUAUUUAAGUUUAACACGUUGCCAUGGCAACAAUAUUUUAGCUAUCGACAUUCCGUCAACAGUAUUAUAUAUUAAAGUAUUACAACAUGUUUUGACAUUAUUCUGAUGUGGUUAAGAGAAAAUCAAGUAAAAAAAAUGCUUUAGUGCUUAAGGAUUUUGUGAUCAUGUUGCACUGUUCAUUGAUAUCUAUAACUGAGGGGCACCUUCUGUUCUCAUGGAGAUUGGAACAUUUGUUUUCAGUGAUGGACAAAGAUCUGAAAAACAAAAUUAGGGGUUGUGGCUUCUUAGUACAUUGUGACAUACAUAUGACAUACAGUGCACUACUUGCCAUUCAUAUUUACAUAAUGAUGCUUGAUUAUUUGCAGCCAUUGAUGGUUGUUAAUGUUGACCAUGCUGCCUAGACAAUAGCUGUGAUUAUACUGGAUGCAGAUACAGUGAUAGUACUCUUGUUUUGACAUGGAAAUCAUUUGAAUUUAAAGGAUAUCUGCAGAUGCUUAAACACUUGAGUAGAUGCUGGCAAUUUCUGUGAUUAAAAGUCAAGCAUCAAAUAUAUGGCUUUAUAUUCCUGUAAUGCACUCUAUAUUUAUGUAU